AUGGGCCCUCCGAUCAAACAGGACCCCGAUGCCUCGACACCAUACAUCAAAGCCGACCCGGACGACAAAGAUGCCGUACUCGCCGACAUCGACGAUGAGGACAUUUACGACGACGACGGAGACUUAGAUUUCUCGAACGCUGCGCAGAACGUAUGGAUGUCGCGCAUUCCUCGGCCGCUGUGGGAGCAUUGGGCGAAACUCGACGAUGAUGAGGAGAUUCAGAUUGGGACGAUUCGGAUUGAGGGUCAGCCGAGUGAUAUAAAGCGGGUACGUCCAUGUUUCGUCUACGGUUGUUCUUAUGUAGUUGCGCAGUAUGGGGUUAACAAGUCGCCUUGCAGGUCAGUUUGCGCCUCAACGACCGCGAGGAUAACAAAGACGUUCCUAAGGACUAUCUCCUGCAACGACACACUCUCGAUACUGAUGCUUCGGUGCAUUCGACGAAGAACACCUAUGUUUUCACCGAGAAGGAGAUCCCCGGCCAGGAGAAUCGCACGGUAG